CACCGGAAGAGAGGAUUGCAAGACUACAGACAAGGAUUGCGGCAAAGANGAAAGCUUCUAAAGUUUCGCUUUCCGAAAAUUCCCUAUCCCAAGACCCCGCAGAUGCACAAAGGAAACAACAGCUGGAAGAGGCAGCACAUAGGGCUCGAAUGUUGGCUGAAAAAUAUGCACAAACUUAUGGAUACAACUUACAAAGUAGCGGUGAAGUUGACUCUUCGGNGAGCAGUGGGAAUAUUUCCAAACCAUNGAAUAGCACGCCAGGUGAAGCUGUCCGCGGGCUUCCAUUGGAGAAGACUACCCGUACAAAGCAUACCUCUGGUGGUGAGAUCUCUUCCACCGGUGAUGUCUUUCAGCAAUCCAACGUCUAUUGAUGUGGACAUUACGUUAAACCAGAUAGUAGUAAACAAUAAAUAAAUCCAGAAUAUG